AUGCUGCAAUCUUCAUCAUCUUCUUCUGAAGAAGAAUUAAGUGUUCAUUUUCAAAUGAUUCCAAGAUCACAAAGAUCGUCAGUAAAUGAAGAUAUUGAAUGUGCGAUUGUUGCCGUACAAACAUAUCCAUUACCAGAAUUUGUUGUUAUUCAUAAAGAUGAAUCUGUUUUAAAAGAUAUCGAAUCAUUAGAAAAUUUUCGUUUAAAUGUGUAUAAAGUAACAUUAUCUCAAGAUCGUGAACUUUAUGAUGUCGAACUGCAUGCUGAACCAAAUUAUCCAACACUAGGCAAAAAAUUUGGUGUUAAAUCAAUCGCUGAAAAAAUUCGUCAAAUGACUGAUACAGAUAUUGAGAAACUAUUGUCAAAAGGUGAAAGUGAAAGUCCAUUAACGCUAAUUGAUGAUGUACCAAUUGAAUCUGAAGGUUGUGUUGUUUUACUUGAUUAUACAGCGGAUGCAACAUUAAAAGAUGAAGGCCGUAUUCAGCAAAUUACAAGUCGAAUUCAAAAACUUCGAAAAGAGCCUAAAUUAAUUCCAACUAAUGAUAUAACAAUUCAUUAUUCAGUGGAACCGCAAACAAGUGAAAUUGCUCGUGUUGCAUCUGAACAUCGGGAUGAAAUUGAAGUUGUUUUAAAAAAAACCAUUUGUUCUGUCGAUCAAUUUAACGAAUAA